CGCUAGCAACACUACGAGUAUGAUGAAGCUGCCGACGGGUUACGGCUGCGAGACCACGAACGGCGACGAUGCUGCUGCCAACAGCAACGAUAACGGGUUACUGGAGGCUGAAGAUUGUGCAAACGGAGUGCUGCGCCCGACCUCGCAGAGCCAGCAGUACCACAACCUGCCGGUGGCUGUGGCAGUGCCGGUUUCCUCCUCUGCUCCCAGCUCCGACCGCGUGCGCUCUGGAUCUGCAUCGCGCCGAAAAACUGCGCAUAACUUUUCGUUCCGCUCGCUCACGGGCUCCAAGUUCAUCCGGCUGGCCGACUAUGCCGGCAAGCCGAUUCUCAUCGUGAAUGUGGCGUCGCACUGUAAUUCCACCACCAAGGCUUACGUACAGCUCAACGAACUGUCCAAGCGCUUCCCCGAGCUUAUUAUCAUUGGCUGCCCAUGUAAUCAGUUUGGCCACCAGGAGAAUCUAAAUGGCGAAGAAAUCUACCAGAGUCUACGACACGUUCGCCCAGGUAAAGGCUUUGAGACGGCCUUCCAGCUCACGGAGAAGGUCGAGGUCAACGGCGCCAACGCCCACGCACUCUUCAACUUCCUGCGUAUUACUCUGCCGUACCCAUGCGAUCGUACGCUGCUGGAUGAGAUGUCCACACCUAGCGGCGUCUUCUCGCACCCCAUGCGUCUCAUCUGGAUGCCUGUCACACGUGCGGACGUCAGCUGGAACUUCGAGAAGGUGCCUCACUGCAGUAAACUUCUUUUGUUGCGACAUAUUGAAUUGCUAACAUGUUGCUAUUGCGUACAGUUCCUGAUCAGCCCCGAUGGUACGCCGUACAAGCGCUACAGUCCCAAGUUGGACUUCACUGGCAUGAUCGAGGACAUCAAGUUCUUGUGCAAGGUGGACGUGUCCAAUGAGAAGCAGCUAUAACAAGACGGUCGCGUACGGCAGAAGCUACGGUAAGGAACCGAACAAACGAGCACACUGACUGAGGCACACAAAAAAACGCAAGAAGACGCGCCGGAUCUGAUGCCGACAGCGGACGGUUCGA